AAGUUAAUUGAAAAUCGCAGGACAAUCAGAGCUGACUCUGGAUCUGUGAGGAAAAAGCCCAAAGCUGUGCGCUCUCACAAGGCGCGCGCCAGGAGUCCACGGCGUCCCGGUCCUGGAGUCGUCAGGAUGGAGAUCCGGCCGGACAGGUUCAAGAGCGUGGCAGCAAAGACUCUGGGGAAAGUCUACGGAGCUCUAGAAAAGAAGCAGGAAAAUGGUGAAACCAUUGAGCUGUCAGCCGAGGGCCGGCCUGAACUGGUGCAGGAGAAAGAGCUACCCGUGGUGGACUGCACGUGCUUUGGCCUGCCCAGGCGCUACAUUAUUGCCAUCCUCUCCGGUAUUGGCUUCUGCAUCUCCUUUGGUAUCAGGUGCAACCUGGGCGUGGCCAUCGUCAGCAUGGUCAACAGCCACACCAUCUUCAGAGACAACAAGGAGGUCAUAGUGGAAGCACAGUUCAGCUGGGAUCCAGAAACAGUGGGAAUGAUCCAUGGCUCUUUUUUCUGGGGAUACAUAGUCACCCAAAUCCCCGGAGGGUUCAUCUGCCAAAAGUUUGCCGCAAACAGGGUUUUUGGCUUUGCUGUCGUGGCGACAUCCUGCCUGAACAUGCUGAUCCCUUCAGCAGCACGGAUACACUUUGGAUGUGUGAUCCUCGUGAGAAUAUUGCAAGGUCUCGUAGAGGGUGUUUCAUAUCCAGCCUGUCAUGGGAUUUGGGCUAAAUGGGCUCCUCCUCUUGAAAGAAGCCGACUGGCCACAACUGCCUUUUGUGGCUCAUAUGCAGGAGCUGUGAUCGCCAUGCCUUUAGCUGGGAUCCUGGUCCAGUACUCAGGGUGGUCGUCUGUCUUCUACGUCUACGGAAGUUUUGGUAUCCUCUGGUACUGCUUCUGGAUCCUGGUUUCAUACGAGAGUCCAGCGGCACACCCCACCAUCACAGAGGAGGAGAGGAAAUAUAUCGAGGAGAGCAUCGGCGAGUCAGCCCAGCACUCAGUGACGAAAUUUAACACACCGUGGAGGGCCUUCUUCACCUCCAUGCCAGUGUACGCCAUCAUUGUAGCCAAUUUCUGCAGAAGCUGGACCUUCUACUUGCUCCUCAUCAGCCAGCCGGCCUAUUUUGAGGAGGUGUUUGGAUUUGAAAUUAGCAAGGUUGGCAUAGUGUCAGCUCUACCCCAUCUGGUCAUGACCAUCAUUGUGCCCAUCGGAGGCCAAAUCGCUGACUAUUUGCGCUCUAACCAGAUCAUGACCACGACUAACGUCAGGAAACUUAUGAACUGUGGGGGAUUUGGAAUGGAGGCCACUCUCCUGCUGGUAGUUGGCUUCUCACAUACUAAAGGUGUUGCCAUCACGUUUCUGGUCCUCGCCGUGGGUUUCUCUGGUUUUGCCAUUUCAGGUUUUAAUGUGAACCACCUGGACAUCGCACCACGGUACGCUAGUAUCCUCAUGGGCAUUUCUAACGGUGUGGGCACUCUGUCUGGGAUGGUUUGUCCACUAAUAGUUGGAGCCAUGACCAAAAACAAGACACGAGAAGAGUGGCAGGGUGUGUUUCUCAUUGCUUCAAUUGUUCAUUAUGGAGGAGUUCUAUUCUAUGGAAUCUUUGCUUCUGGAGAGAAACAACCAUGGGCCGAGCCAGAGGAGCUCAGCGUGGAGAAAUGUGGCAUCCUGGAUGAGGACGAGCUUGCAAACGAGACAGAGGAACUGUACCGUACGAGCGGCGGAGCAGGCUACGGCGCCAUGAACCUGGCUUCUGACCCCAAUGGAGCGGGGGGAGGCUGGGUCUCAGACUGGGACAAAACUGAUGAAUACAUCCAGCCAGCCGGCACCAACAACUACCUCUACGGAGACGAGGGAGACCGAGAGCUAACGUAGAAGCAGCAGCUUCCUGUACAGAAGCACAAACUGUGUGACAUCUCUGUCUAAAGGAACUUGGAAGGAGUGCAUUUAUAUUCAUGUUCAGGAUCACAUGACUCUCAGUAAGUCUGACUGUAUUAACACCAAAUAACAGAUUUGAUAAAGACUGUUGAUGUGAAUUUAUUAGUAAAUGUAAAAUGUGUGUUUGUGAGUGAAGUCGUGUAUCCUGAAUGUUUUAGGAGUCAGAAGCCGUCUGGUCUGAACUUUAGGCCUGACGAGCUUUCUGUGAUGUUCGGCGGUUGUAGAAAUGUCUUUACUAGAGACCACUCGGUAUUUAGGUUAACGCCUCUCACUAACUGCUGGAAAAGUGCACGGUCAUAUUCAUGUUGGGUGAGUAGUCAAGGAGGUGUGUUCAAUCGGCAGAGGAAUAACCAGCUCCACCUAUGUUAACAAGAAGAUUAUUGCAAUAACAGUGUUAUUUUAUGUCCUUAAUGAAAAAAAAAACACUGUGCCAAUACAUCUCAAUCUUUUGUCCUUUAGUAGCAUAAUUAUUUACUGGGUUUUUCCUGGCUCAAAUUGAGGCAGAGGUGGUACCAUCCUGACCAUGCGCCAGCACAUGCAAUUUUUGAUCUUCUUUUUCUGCAGCGGUUCUAGUGCUUUUCGGUGCACCGCUGCUGAUACAGCGCCCCUACAGUGGCACAAAGCUGCAACUGCAGUUAAAUAACAUUCAUUUAGCUGGGGGCAGAGUGAAAUCAGGCUGGGGCGGCACAAAAUAAGCUGGAGGCGGCCGCCAUGCAAAUUUGAACGCAGGAAAACCCCUGUAUUUAGCUGUUUGCUGAGUAAGUAAAUAAACAGCUGCAGAUGUAUGCAGCUUUUGGUGAAGUAAAUGGAAAACUGAUUCGGUUAAACACAUCAGACACAUCAAAAAUAGCUGCUUGGUUAAAUACUGACGACUGGAAUUGCAUCUUGUAGGACUUGUGAUGGAGCAAAAAGUGAAAACAAAACAGGAUUGUUCCAAAUUGUUUUUGAGUUAAAUGAAGAAUUUUUUAAGUAUCCUUGAGUCCGUUUUCUUUUACAAUUUGCUCUUCAAUCCCUUUUAGGUGUAACAUUUUUUUUAUGUUGAAAUGGUUUGUUUUGAUUUAAGUUGGGUUUUGAAGAGUACUCAUUAACAGUCAAUAUCUUAUCUGCAGUGGAUAGCAAUCAGAACAACCUCAGUUUGGAGAAUUAGGCAGAAAUCCCUUAGCGGGGUGACAGCUAACGGCUAGCUGCACUGGAAUCAGUUCCAGAGCAAAUGUUUUGUCAGUUUGUGUACAGCUGAAUUAAAAGGGAGACAUUUUGACUUUUUUUCUUUAGUUAUAGUAGUUCAUGCAGUUCGUUGCAUAUAAUUCCUCUCACAUGAAGCUAUUAUAGCCAAUUUGUUCUUGAAAGUUUCAGUACCUUCCAGAAUGAGCCACUUCAGGGCUCUGUCCCUUUAAGAAAGCUGGAUCUGGCCAUGUCCACCUUCCGCCUCUUAGGCUGCUAUAAGCUGAGAAGCUCUGAUAAGUGGGAGGAGAAAAGAACAGCUGCUUGCAGUAGAAGCUCUAUCUUGCACGUAAGAGGUGGUUCCUUGCUGAUAUUAGAGAUGAGAACUUUAUGAAAUGGCUCAUUUUAGGCACAAAAUUCCUGAAAACUAUCACUGACAGGAAACAGAUGGAUGGGAUUUAUUCAUGUGGAAACCCACAUUGCAGCCCAAAAAGAUGCAAAAGGAAGGUUUUACAUUGUAUGUCUCCUUCAAAAAACAUGUAUUAUUGUUGUUAUGUUCAGAAGGUUUGGACCCAAGGAUUCAACCUACACACAACAGACGGAACAAGGAAUAAAAGAUCAUUAAUUCAGCAGGAAAACCUGGUUGGAUCAGCGUGACAUGGCUUGACUCAGCUUGACUUGACUCAACAAAUCAUACUAGACUUAAUGUGAAGGACUUGUCUAGACUGGACAUUACUUUGACUUGAGUUGACUGGAGCAUUCUUGUGAGUAUUCAUCUUCAAUGCACGACGUAGGUCUGGUCUUUCUUUGAAUGCUAAGACCUCCCUAUCUCCUGCCGCUUAGCAACCGUGACAUUGCUAAGCAGAAGUUAAAACUAAACUAAGCAGUAAUACAUGAAGAACUAUGAAACCCAUCAUGUGAGCUCAUUUGCGAGCAUAUUUCUUGCUAAUUUUGACGACAAAACAUUUAAAGAACAAAUGUGCAAAUGAAAAAAGCCGACACAAUUGCUUUCAGGUAUUACUUUUUCAUUUGGGUAAAUAAAGACAUAUUUAAGGACACAUUUUGCCUUGUAGCUUCAUUGUUACGUAAUCGGCCUUUAAGGCAUACUCAUAAAGGAAGCAGGUACUGGAUUUGGACACAGCUAGCCUGUGUGGUUGCAGGUUGAAGGUUUUAGCUGAUAGCCUAGCUUUAACAUAUAAGCAGCGGGGUUUAAAAUUGUUGCAUGUAGCGAUAUCAUUGCUAACCACGUAAAUAUCCAAGAUUAUUGAGAAAGUAGUUCACACUCAACUUUCCAAUUACUUGGGAGAUCAAAGCCUUGACCACAUUCAGUCUGGCUUUAGGCCUCACCACAGCACAGAAACUGCACACCUUUGUGUACUAAAUGAUAUCCUGGUGACAACUGAUACUGGUUCCCAUGUCCAACUGUUACUCCUGGACCUCUCUGCUGCCUUCGACACAGUGGACCAUGACAUCCUACUUAGGAGGCUGGAGUUGUGGGUGGGGGUGAAAGGGACCCCACUUCACUGGUUCAGGUCCUAUUUGUCUGAUAGGCAAUUUUGGUGUUCACAUUGAAAACUUUUCCUCUCCAUCUACCCCACUUUGCUGGGGUGUGCCUCAGGGUUCGAUUCUGGGGCCACUCCUGUUCUCGAUUUACUUAUUGCCAUUGGGGAUGAUUGUUGCAAAUUUUGGAAUAAGUUAUCACCUUUACACUGACGACUGUCGGAUUUAUUUGGCUUUAAGUAAACCUGACUCAACUCGCCUUCUCGUUGACUGUAUUACUGCAGUUAAAGGCUGGCUGUCAGAGAACUUCCUUUGCCUCAACGAAAACAAGACAGACGCCAUUCUUUUUAAUCCAGUCAAUCCGAAGCAUGCACCUGGUGACUUCCCUCUACCGUUUUUAAAUUGGAAAACGUGUGUAACCAGUCUGGGAGUGAAACUUGACUCUGAUCUGUCAAUGAGUUUACAAAUUAAUGCUACAGUCGGGUCUUGUUUUUUUCAGCUACGUUUAAAGUCAAUAGAUAAACGACCACAUCUGCAGUCUGCCGUUCACGCCUUUAUCACCUCACGUUUGGACUAUGCCAACUCAGUCCUUAUUGGUGUCAGUGUCUCAGACCUGGAUUUGUCUAAAUCUGAAUGUGGGCAUCAAAAGGGUAUCAUUGUUUAGAUAUGAUAAUAUUUGUUUCUUCAAUGAUGAAUUUCCAAAUUCAUUUGUUAGAAUGUUUAAUGGAACAAUUUUACACAUAAAAAUUGUGUUUGACAUUGUUCAGAAUAAACACUGUGUAUCAAAUAAGGUCAUAUGUUGAACUUUAUUCCAUUUAUGUCAACAGACAUGCAAAACAACAACAGUGAAUCACUUUACUCUUGAAUUUCAUAAAAUUCCAGGUAAAACAUCAACAACAGUUAAAUGAAGCGUAAAAUUCACUUUCUUUACAAAAAAAUAAAGUAACAAGUCAUCUUUCUAACUAGCCUGGCCUGCCAGACUCCUCCCCAGUUUAAUUCUGCACAGAGAAAGGGUUUGGGAACUCUCCUAUUCAAAUAACCCCACCCUGUGAGAAUUCUAACCGAGCCAAUCAGCGCUGAGCAGCCUACGUCACACACCAUAAUGCAGAGUUUGUCGAACAUGGCGACCAAAGCGGAGUUCGCUGUGGCUCUUUCCUCUGUUCUAAAUGACUUGGACACGUCUUUAAAACAACAAGUCGAAGCGCUAAAAGCAUUUACACAAGGGCUCACAGGAGAUACAAUUAUUUACACGUUUACGUUUUUAUCUAAUGUUUAAAUCUAUUUAUGGCAGUGCCUCCACUUAGCAGGAAUAUAAUAAAUUUUCUUAACCCGUUUAGCCCUGCUAAGAAAUUACUGAAACCCAAUAGGCAACUUGAGAAUAAAAUUUAUAUGAACAUUUUAAUUAACAUUUAACAAACAUGAGCAACUUACAGUUGAAUGAAAAAAGAUAAUCAAUAUAAACACGUUGCAGGCCUGAAUCGGUGCUUGGGUGCGUGGUGGCAAAAAACAAACAGCCCCUUCGCUCUUUGAGCACGUAAACAAAAUAAGCACGUGCAUGGUUAGGGUUUUGGUUUUUUGUACUCACAAAUCCUUGAGUUAUUUUGGUAAAGAGUAGAUGGUGGAUGUGCAGCUUUCUUUGUGAGGCAGCUGAACAAG